UGCACCUUUAAUGCCUGUGUUUUGGCAUUUUUGUUGCAGUGCUGUCGCUUCCCGUCUGUAGAAAUUUCUAUCUGUCUUAUCCCUACAUCUUUCUCCAGCCAAUGGACUGACAUCAGCCAGCAGAGAUGCUGCUUAAAGAUCUUCCCAGAGAGGCCCUGAUGCGGCCAUUAUCCAGGAAUGAAGUGGUGGGCAUGUUGUUGAGGUUGACCAUCUUUGGCGCAGCGACCUACUACAGCAUCAAAUGGGUUGUAGACGCUAUGGACCCCACUGCCAAACAGAAAAACCAAGCCAAGAAAAGGGCAGAACAGCUGAUGAAGAGGAUUGGCGUUGAGGGCGUCAAACUCACAGAGUAUGAGAUGAAUAUUGCAUCUCAUCUAGUUGAUCCUCAAACUAUGAAGGUGUCCUGGAGAGAUAUAGCAGGUCUGGAUGAGGUUAUCAACGAGCUGCAAGACACAGUCAUCCUGCCCUUUCAGAAGAGACACCUUUUAACUGGAUCCAAACUCUUUCAGCCCCCUAAAGGUGUUUUAUUGUUUGGUCCUCCAGGAUGUGGGAAGACCAUGAUUGCCAAGGCAACAGCCAAAGCCUCGGGUUGCAAGUUUAUCAACCUUCAGGCAUCCACGCUGACAGACAUGUGGUACGGCGAAUCACAGAAGCUGACUGCUGCGGUCUUCUCAUUGGCUGUCAAAAUCCAGCCCUGCAUCAUCUUCAUUGAUGAGAUCGAGUCAUUUUUGAGGAACCGCUCCAGCCUGGACCAUGAGGCCACAGCCAUGAUGAAGGCCCAGUUCAUGAGCCUGUGGGACGGCCUGGAUACGUCCUCAACCACACAGGUGAUGGUGAUGGGAGCUACAAACAGGCCACAGGACGUGGAUCCAGCCAUUCUGCGCAGGAUGCCCGCCACUUUUCAUGUUGGCCUGCCAAACACAAGACAAAGACAGGACAUCCUGAGGCUGAUUUUAGCAGGAGAAAAUCUGAGCAAUGCCAUUAAUCUGAGGGAGAUUGCUGAGAAGACAGAGAGUUACUCUGGCAGUGACCUCCGGGAGCUUUGCCGCGAUGCUGCCAUGUACCGAGUCCGGGACUACGUCCGCAAGGAGCAGAUGAGGCAGAUCGCUCAGCAGCUGCAGGACUGCGAAGAGGAGGAGAAACCUGUGGAUGAGGAGCGGUUGCGGCCAGUCACCCAGCUGGACCUCCUCUUCGGCCUGGACAAGAUGAAGGAAUCUAAGCGGGCCGCAGCCUUCAUGUUACCCGUUGUGUCAGAGGUACCUCUGGACUAAACACCAACACUGCGCCACGAUGGGAAACAUUUUCUUCAAACUCACUGAGUUUGUGUUUCAACUCACCAAGCAGAGUCUCCUCCAACAUGUCUGAGGUGCAGCUGGGAAAGCCAAGAGGCAGCCAUACUUUUCAUAAACUACUUUCCAGGCAGGGUUUGUUCUGAGCAUGCUUACUUUCAGCACAACCCUGUCAGAUGUGUAAAGUUACAAUACAGUCAGAAAUCUAAUGUCUCCAAUUCGCCACUGACCUAAAGUCAGUGUCUUGCUCCUGGGCGCCAUUAAAGUUUCUUCGGUAGUGAAAGCAUUCUCCAUACACAUUAUGAAUCUGACUGAAGUUACGGCUAGUGAUACUACAAACUACUAUACUUCAUCACAAUAAGGUUCCAUAUAUGGUCCUGCCACUGAUUGUGAGCAGAGGGGACUGAGCACCAUGAUGCAUGAGUGUGGACUCCAGACCAGUGUCAUCCUUCAAGGUUUGCUGCUUAAUUUCUAAAUCAGGCAUCUCCUGUCUUCUUUUUUGGGCAAACACAGACUUCAAUAGACUUAACAAAGACUCAAAUCACUUUAAAGUGAUAUAAUCCAAGUUGUUUGGAAGAAAUCAUUCAGAUGACCUCGGUCCUCCUAAGUCACAGUACACUAUAUUGUCUACAAAUGCUGUUGUGUCAUAGCAAGUUAGUCCUUAAUGCAUUUCAGUAUGUUCAGCUUGUUAUUUUCCAAAUAACAAGCUGUCUAUUAUAGGGCUGGGUAAACAUAAUUGAUUCAGUUGAUUCAAAUCAGUCUUCUUUGAAUGAUCUGAGAUUGAUUCAUAAAUCCAACAUCGACCUUUAGAUAUAUACCUUUACCUGCUGAAGCAUGAAGCUUUAACCCUGUUAAUCUCGCAAAAGUGAUAUUUCAGUCUGCUCUGUCCGCAGUUUCUCAUCCAUCACUGCUUAUGGCAUGUUUUACGCAAGCACAGCAAGCUAGCUCGGUUAAUAGGGGUCUGUCUGUCUAUCUUAGUUUGCAACAAUCAAAAUUUACCAGCGAUGUCAGCAGGCACUCAAUCACUGCAGCAGCAGAGGGAGGAGCACAGAGGACAGGAUGAAGGAUUGAGGUCUGUGUUCUUCAUUCUUUCUAACCUCAUCUAGUAUUGUUAUAUCAGGAAUAUAAUUUAUUUUAUUUACAUUUUAGAUUUCUAUCUGGUGAGAUAUUAUUGAGGUUAUAUAGUGAGUUUGCUGUUGUAAUAUAACUGUUGUGCUCUAGAAACGAAGCAAAAUUGUUAUUGUAACUGAAUAUCCCUCAUAGAAUUGAUAUUGCUUCGAAUCAAAUCGGGACCUUGUGAAUCGGACUCAAAUCGAUUUAGGAAAUCAGUGUUUAUACCCAGCCCUAGUCUGAUAAAGAAAUGGUUUUCUUAUUUUCAGGAAUGCCAGAUUUAGGUCUAAUUAUUCUAAGAUAGCUCCACCUUUUACCAGCUGUCUUUUUAUCCUGACCUAGCAAAGACUGCUUUCUCCUGGUGAAUGUACUGACACUGUGUUUUUUUAAAGCUGACAAGAACAUUGGAUGUCAUUUCUGUUUACUUUCCAUGAUCAUUGAUGAACUUUGAUUGUUUUUCAUGUUUGUUUGAUUGCAUCUUUGCUUUAAAAGUAAGAGAGGUUGUGUUUAGCCAACAUGAGGUUGUAAUAGAAAUAGGGAUGCACGAUAAAAUACCAGCACGUAACUGGUAUCGGCCGAUAUUGGCUUUAAAAUUAACGGAUCUGAAUCUUACAUACAUUGAAAAGCACUGUAUUUCAUGUCACCAUCUGCUGGUGAGCCAUCAUGAUGAGAGUAUGCAUGUAUAAUAUGACGUUAAUUCCACUACAGAAGAGACUUGAUGAUCACUAAAAUUAGGUGGGGAAAAAUGUGUAUAUAUCAAUGUCUGUAUCCUUUAUUGGCCAAAUAAGUUGUUACAUAUCUGCAUAUUGGAUAUUGGCAAAAAAUCAAAUAUUGUCCAUCCCUAAAUAGAAAUCUGCAGUAAUGUGGUACUCAUCAUGUAAUGAGUUACUGCUCCUAAGGAGUACAAAUUUAAAUGUUUCUUUUCAGGCACAAUGAUUAAUGUGUGUUUUUAGUCAUAAAGCAAGCGCUGCUGUAGAAUCCAUGGAGUCACAGUAUGUAUAUGAAAAGGAAGAACAGAACAAAGUCAGCCACAGGUGAAACACAAUACAUUUACUCAGCCUGCCAAGGCCAGAGCGCUCAGUGAGGCACCUCAUUCCACUGAAAGUUUUUGUUCUUCUUUUUCAUCACUUUUCAGCACAGUAGGGUAGAAAUAUAUUUGAAUGUAAGAUCAAAUAAUCACAGUGUAAGCUUGAAUUUGGCCUGGAAGUUUCUGUAGCAAAGCGGCCUUUCUCACAGCUGUCAGACAAAAGCAAAUAACAAAACAUUCAAGCAGAGAUGGUAAAGAUCGGGUCAGCACUUAAACCUUGUAAUAAGAACCACAGCUACAAUAACCUGAGCCAGAGGCAGCAAUAAAGUAUGCAGUCAUAUGCCAGUAAAUCAAUGACAAUUAUUACCCUACUACUAAUAGCUAUAAAAUUAUACAUACUUUUUUUUUAUCACUGCUCAGUCCUCAGCUGUUAGCAGAUGUCUCAUAGAAAUUGUGCUGUGUGCAUGCUUGUGAAUGUGGAAGCACAAUGCUGGGUUAAAGGUAAAAACUUUAAAUGCACCUGAAGUACCCAAAUCCAGUUAUGUGUUCUACAAUUAAUAUUUAUUUCCCAUCCAAAAUGACAAUAAGUGUUACAUAAAGGGGGGCUUAUCUUGCACAGCAUAGCACAACUGUCAUUGGUAGUUUCAAGCCAACAGUUCAUGGUUUCAUGGCCAGUGCCCACAUUAUGUAAGUAGCAAAUGUACUGGCACCUAUCUGUGCAUGUGCAUGUAGGUAUUAAAAUGAGGUACAGUGAGAGCAUUGUUGCCUUAGUGCUAUUUUAAGGCAGCAGAAAGCGAUUAUGUUGUUGACCAACAAAAACGUGGUUUAUAGUCAGAAUGGUGUUUUCUUGCUAUGUAAAAUGUGCCAACAAGCAUUCACUUUGCUUGUUGCACACACAGGAACAUGCAGAUGGGUUGCAAGUGGGUGAAAUAAUACAUUAUUAAUGUGGAAAAUAUCAAUUACAUUUUCUAAAAUGUGAACAUAGCAGAGCUGCAGAGCUGCUGUCUGAUUCCCCAUUAAGAGAAACGCUGUGCUCGUUUACAUACAGGGAGCAGCAUAACUUCCUUUAUUUCAGAGGCUAAAAGUUUAGUUCUGUUUCCACUGUCAAGUUUGUAACUACAGUUUUUAGUUUUGUCCUUAAAUGUCCCACGGUAUUUCCUGCAGUGACAUUACUGCUCUUUCUGCUUUACUCUCAGCUGAGUACUCACUUCUACAACUUGCCGAAUUCACCAUGUUAAUAGCAGUAUGGCAGGUGCAGGUACACCUGGCUUUUAAAGGGAAUGGGAGAUAACACUGAUUUUUUUAAUCCAUGUUACGACCAAAACACAUCUCUUUGUCAUUGCAACUAGAUUAUGCACGGUUUUCUUUUCUUGAGAAAGGUCUGGUGAGCGAGACUAUGCACGGUUUAACCAGCAAAAGUGGAGCUGGACACGCCCUAAAUACACUUUAUCCCUACAUACACUUUAGACUAUGUGCUAUAUUUAAUUUAAAUACACAUGUUCAAAUCUUACUGGUGUUUUUUUUUUAACAGUUUUUAGUGUUAUAUUUAUUGUGUUGUUAUAAUUAUUAGUGAGUCUCCAUUUUUUUUUUUUUUUUUUUUUUUUUUCCCACUUUGUUUUCAUGAGUAAACUUUUAAUGUCAGGUUCCGUGCAUCAAUCGUCUGUCAUACACAACACAUCAGGGUUUUUCUGGGUCAUUUGCUUUUAGUCUCACUUUCAGGAGAGCAUGGCUUUAAAAUUCAAAUGUUUUCAAUCAGCUGUCACUCUGAAGUUGCUGUGACAUGCUUCUCUGACUUCCCUCUGUAUAAAAAAAAAGCCUCGUUAUUCACCACAUGGUCACAGCAUGUGUUCACGGAUCUGUUCGUGGGUCUCAUACAGACCUUCCUCCCACGCAGUCUGAGGAAGCCAGGGCAUAGCGGUCGUUAAACAUGACCACAUGGUGGCACUGCUGCUUCACUGUCCUGUUACUGAGGCAGGUGGAAUAGCCUGAGAGACGGACUGCUCACAUGAUGAGCAGUUUGUAGCAAUAUGGUGAGAUAAUGAAAUAGAGAACCCUGCAUACUGGAUUGUUUCUCUUUUAUUGGUCCAUUCAGUGAUAUUUAGACAUUUGUUGCUCUUCAUUAGAGUACCUCAGGUGACAGUUAAAGGUCAAAGUGUUGCCAUGUAAACCAAUGAUUGUGUCACCGCAGCUUACAGGUCUUAGUCCCCUUUCCUGGGAGAAGGGUAGCACUUGUGUAAAUGCUUUUUCUCAGUGCAGUAUCACUAUCAGGUCAUUCAUGUGGCAGAGACUAAUCUAUGGAUACAGAGUGUCCAUAUGCAGUUACUGUAAAAUACAUUGUCAACUAUGUGUAUGUGUUGAAUAUGAUAUGUACUGUAAAGUGUAUUUAUUAAAUUACACUGAAGAAA